GGGGAACAGCGGGCCGGGCCGGGGCGGGGCGGAGCGGAGGCUGGCCUUAACUGAGCCCAGGUGGCUCCGCCUCCCGGGGGCGCGAGCCGGCGGUGGCCCCGGGAACUGCUUGCCUGUUCCCUCGCUCGCUGCCAGCGCCGGCAGCAAGCUAUGUCCUGGAGCCUAGCUCUCGGACCCGGGGGCCAGUCGCGCUCGUAGGAAGCAGCCGCCUCAGAAGCCAAGUAGUUAGUUGUCAAUGGCCCUUCGCAUAGCGGAGCAACACCGCACUAGAGGACCCUCAGCUCCUUCUCUGCCGCUGCCCACCCCAACCCGAGAGUGAUGGGCAACACCGCUCACAAGACUCUGCCAGACACAAGUCACCAGGCUCGCUUGUUAUCUAAUCGGCCUUGCUACACACUGCCCACCAGUAGCCAUGAUCGGCGCUCUGUCCUGGCCAUUACUGAGCCCCCACGUUUCCACCCCCAGGCCAAAGGCAAGAACGUACGCCUGGAUUCCCACUCCCGAAAGGCCACCCGAAGGAACAGUUUCUGCAAUGGGGUCACGUUCACCAACCGGCCCAUCCACCUUUAUGAGAAAGUCCGACUGAAGCUGGUGGCCGUGCACCACGGAUGGAGCGGGGCACUGCGUUUUGGCUUUACCAUCCAUGACCCGUCACAGAUGAACUCUGACGACAUACCAAAGUAUGCCUGCCCAGACCUGGUGACGAGGCCGGGGUACUGGGCCAAAGCUUUGCCGGAGAGAUUUGCACUGAGGGACAACGUCCUGGCCUACUGGGUUGACCGUCAUGGGAGAGUGUUCUAUAGCAUUAAUGACGAGGAUCCCAUAUUGUUUCACUGUGGCAUUAAAGUCUCCGGACCCCUCUGGGCCCUCAUAGAUGUCUAUGGAAUUACCCAUGAAGUGCAGAUUCUAGAUAGCAUGUUUGCUGAGACCAUGGCCUCCUCUCGUCUCAGUAACACGAGGUUCAGCACUUGCAUCCCACAAAGUAACCAUGACUCGGCCAACUUCAACAACAACGAACUGGAGAACAACCAGGUAGUAGCCAAAAUCAGCAACUUAAACCUGAGCCGGGUCCCAGGAGCAUCCACAGACAACCCCGUUAUACCCUGUUGUCCCAACAGGCGUUCUCGGGGUCACGGAGUACCAGCCUUUUUAGAUACAGACCUCCACUUCCACCCGACCCGGGGGCCUGAUGUCACCUUCUCUCAGGACCGGAUGGCAGCCUGCACCAACUGGCAAGAAAGCAAUAGGACUUUGGUGUUUUCGGACCGGCCUUUACAUAUCGGAGAGAGCCUCUUUGUUGAGGUUGGACACCUGGGGCUGCCCUAUUACGGGGCCCUCUCCUUCGGCAUCACUUCCUGUGACCCAGGAACACUAAGGACCAAUGAGCUCCCAGCGGAUCCUGACUCACUGUUGGACCGCAAGGAGUACUGGGUGAUCUACCGCGCAUUCCCUGUCUUCAGCAGUGGGGAUGUCCUUAAUUUCAUAGUAUUGCCAAAUGGGGAAGUGCAUCAUGGCGUGAAUGGUAACAACCGAGGAAUGCUGAUGUAUGUGGAUACCUCACAAUCUCUCUGGGUGUUUUUUACAAUUCACGGAGUAAUCAAUCAGCUCAAGAUUUUGGGUAAGUUCAUUUUAUAGAUGACAUGAUUAAGAAAUUUUUGGGGAAAGUAUACAUUUGUGUUUUUCUCAUUUUUCUCUUGAAUAGUGACUGCUCCCAGCUCUCCUUUGAGCCCUCCCACAUCACCUGCAUUCUCUCCUCCCGAGCCUCUGAGCAACAAGAAUGGCGAGUGCACCAUCUGCUUUGACAGUGAAGUUGACAUGGUCAUCUACACCUGUGGCCACAUGUGCCUCUGCCACACCUGUGGUCUUAAACUGAGGAAGCAGCCCAAUGCCUGCUGCCCAAUCUGUCGACGCACCAUCAAGGAUGUCAUUAAGAUCUACCGGCCUUAGCCCCUCGGUGACACCCCAAGUCCACCAUCACGUGAGAGUGGGCAAAGGGGCUUUACUAAGCAAACCCGGAACCAUGCCUUGCCACCCACUGCCAGUGGCUGGUCCCUGGUUACGCCAAGAGGUCUCCCCAUCUCUUCUCGUGUGUUUUUAAUGGUAGGAAAAUCAGGGAACUGGCCUAGCUAUGGAACUCAACAAAGGGUCUGAGGGAGGAGGGGUAGCUGCUUCUGGUAAGAGAAUACUUUUCCUAAAGAUGUCAUUACCGUCCUAUAGAUGAUCACAGGCAUUGUCACAGGUAAUCACUGUAGCAUACAUCCUUGCCCUCUCUAAGGCCAGCUCCAUUGAGUGUGUGUACGUACAGAGGCAGAGAGAGAUGGGAGAACAAAGCAAAAAGGGAGAAGAGCUGGGAGACAGUGAAGGGAGAAAAAAAAAAGCAAGAGAGAGUGAAAGAGAGAGACUGUGAGAGAUGGUGAGAAUGAGAGAGAGCGAGAGAAAGAGAUGGUGAGAGAGGAUGAGAGAAUGAAUGUAGGAGUUCCCUGACACCAUCUGAGCUCUCUCCAGAGGCACAGAGUCUCAACGAACACCGAAGGACUUGAGGACCAGCUACAAGCAAGUGCUUAUGUCCCUUUCCAUGUUCUUUCACUUUUCAGAAGCUGUUGUAUGAAUGACUAGUGAACAUUUUCAGUUUUUGCCCAACCAGAAAUAUUUGGGGGUAAUAAUAUUUGAAAAGGAAAGUUGGAUCAUCAGUGCACUGUUUGCAACUGGAGAUGUGAACAGCUGUAUCUGGGUGCCUAGUUUGUUUUUUAAUUAGCAACUUGUUGUUGGGUUUGGGGUUUUGCUUUAGUUGGUUGUUUGUUUUUUAACUCCAUUUUUUGAGAGUGAUUUCACCAGUCCCAGUGUGCAGCCAAAGCUAGAACUCUGGCUUCUCCCAGAAGAUGCGUUACCCUCACACCUGCUCUACAGAAAGGAAUUUUGUGCUCCAAGCACCUUCUCUCUUCCCCCAAGUCUCCAAAUGCUUUUAAAAAUAUAUUAUCUUCUUAAUAUUUAUAAUUAGGAGGUCCACACAUCAUAGUCCCUCUUCCAUAAAGAAGAAACUGAAAUACAGAGACUAGGGCCACUUCUGAAGUCAUUCGCUACCUGAGCUAGAGCCCCUAAAGAUCUUCCAUCACUUGCCCAGGGGUUGACAAUCUAGGGCAUACAAGGUGAUGUUCAGUAGGACCAGGGUCUGUCCUCCAAUCUAGGAUAAAUUUAGAAGCAGGAAGAGCUUGUUUUUAUUGGCUUCCCAUUAACUUCCCUCCUGGGCCUCCAUGCUACCUAGUUCUUAUAUCCUGGUCAUGUUCUCAGUUAACUGUCAACUAAUCUCUAGUGGAUUGUCAGCUCAUAAGGUGUUAACUGAUAAUUAUGGCAUCGACUGACAAUCUUGAAGUGGGACCCUCUUUGGUGCAUUUUUUAAGGAGGAUUGUUUAAGAUUGGCUGCCUUCCUUGAGAAACAGAGCCCAAUUUCACCUGUGUUCUUUUCCUGACCAUCCUUUUACUGCUAACAGAGCCUGUGAUGUCCCUGGUGGCAUCUCCUCCUAGUGCAGCUGCAGCCAUAUGUGGUAUAUCAGAGGUGGCUGUCACCAUCUGUCCAUAUUCAAGAAGAGCCUUCCACACCCUCACCCAAGGGAGCAAAUCGAUAAAAAUGUACCUGUGGGAGAGAUGGCUGACCUCUGCAGUAGUCCUCUUAAAAGCAGUAUCUCCCCAAGAGUUCCAGAAGUUAGAGAAUUGAGAACCAUUGCAUAAGAGCCACCAAAGGCUGGUUGGGAUCUGUUUGUCAGAGAAACAGCAGAGUAUGGCAGCAAGAGUGGUAGCCUGAGAUUCAGAAGAUAUUCUCUCCCUGCCCCAAAGUUCUAGGCUCAUUUCUGCUUCUAACUCAUCGUAGAGGCUUUAGGUGAGUCCUAUCUUUGUGUCUGUUAUCUCACCUGUCAAAUGGGAAUAAUAAAGCCUUCCCUACCUACUUUGCAGCAGCUGUCAUGAUGAUCAGCUUAGAUAUUAGAUGUGAGAGUACAUUACAAGGGUUCAAGAUAUCAGAUAUACGUAAGGGAUGUUUAUUUUAGACCAAAUCUAGUCAACUCACCCUUUCCAAAGGGAAGAUAGGUAAAGGUAGAAGAAGUUAGAGCCAAUUAGCUUUGGUUCUUAGGUCAUUGUUCUCAUGAUGAGGCAGGGUGGAAGGGACAGAGCAGAUCUCCAGUUGGAACAUUCCUUGGGGUUAGAAAGGGUCUGCAUGUUCCUCUUUUUUCCUAACUCAUCCAGAUAUCAAGUUGAGUUAAGAUGAGAUGUGAAAAGAAAUGACCAGGAGAUCCAAAAGGUCUGCUGUAUGAAGCCCUUUGGUGGAUGUUGUUUUGGAAGUGUCACAUCCCCAAUCUUGCUAACUGAGACCAGAAGACAAAGCUGACUGUACCUUCUGCUCCUCUAUUUAGAAACAGUGUCAGGAGUGUGUUGACCAAGAGAAAGGGUUGCUUAGUGGCCACAACAAUGACCAUAAAGCUAGGAAGACAUGAGCUGAACCUCUGACAGUCUCACUGGAUGACCCUGGGCAAAUUACUUAGCCUUGGGGCCCCCCAGGUAACUGGACCUCAUUAUCUUCAUAGAAAGAGUAAAUGAUGCCCAACCUAAUUUCCAUAUUAUAUAUCUGUAAACUGAUUCUUUGAAAAAUAGCAAACCAAUGUAUAAUACAGUUGGUCUUUCUAUUUUGACCAAAAUAGUGGAUUUACCUAACAGUACAUUUGUUCCUCAGGAGUGACAGAUAAUAGGGAACUUAACUGUGGGUUGUUUGUUUGUUUUUAAAAAAAAAAAAAACCCUUACUUUCUGUCGUAGAAUCAAUACUAAGUAUUGGUUUGAAAACAGAAGAGUGGCAAAGGCUUAGGCAAUUGGGGUUAAGUGACUUGCCCAGGGUCACACAGCUAAAAGGUGUCUGAGGCCAAAUUUGAACCCAGGACCUCCCAUCUCCAAGCCUGACUCUCUGUCUACUGAGCCACCUAACUGUCCUCCUUAACUAUAUUUUUAAAGGGGACCACAGACCCAGAAGAUAAAGGAUUUGAUUUUUAAAAGAGCAACUAGCUGUCUGUAACUCCACUGUUUUCUUUCUUCUAUUCUUCAUACAAAUCUUUGUCAGUGUUAAUUUUGGUGACUCUGGCUCUAUCUUAGGGGCAUUUAGGCCUCAGAUGUGGCAGGAAUAUAGGUAUAUUCCAUACGUUUCAUUAAGGUGUGCACCCAGUCAAUUCUUUUUUUUAAGGCAAAAUAUUUAUUGGUUGACCAAUUUAUGCAUAAAGAACAUUACUUUUAGGCAUCAAACCCAAGAAACUAAAAUUUAAUGAAACAUUUUCCCCUAAAAUAACAGCUAAGCCUCACUUAAAAAUACAUUUAAAAAUGAAAUACAAAUAUCAGGGUUGUGUUUUUUUUCUUUUUGAGAUACCAGGGUGUGCCUGAGCACACCCAGCACAACCUGUGCAUGCAAGCCUACAAUCAAGAGGACUAAAGGUGGGGGUCUUUCUUCCUGUAGUCCCCCCUCCCUGCCAGCCCCUUAUUUUGGCCCAUAUUGCAUCUCAGAACCAUUAGCAUGCCACUUUGAUCUUUAAGUGCAGAGAUUUGAAAACUAUUAAUGGGUAGUCCACGCCUCUGAGAGCAUCACAGGCUCUGCUCCUGAUGACCUGCUAUGUGAGGAAAAAAAUGAGACAAUGGCCUGUUUUAACCUGCCGAGCCACUGCCAUAAAUAGCACGAUCAUCUAAGAGGAAUUGGGGUUUGGUUGGCAUUUCUUUUUAAGUGAGGCAUUCUUCAAUGCUUGAAGCACUUCAUUUUUUUUUCUAAAUUAACCACUGAAGUUCACUCAUUCGCUGCCCAUGAUGGCCACAUGGGUAUUCGCCCUUGGUAGUACUGCCUGGUAUUUUUCUUGCUUCUUCGUAAUGCCCAAUUUAGACCUCUUUUGCCCAGAGUGAAAAGUAUGUGAUAAACUGCUCUCCACAGCCUCUGCUUUAAAAGGAAAGGAAAAAUCUUUAGACGUGGCAUUCUUUCUAGCCUGGAAUGGAGGAACACAGGCCCCAGGACCUGUUUCUUAGAACUUUAUGCAAGAAGAACAGGCUGCAUAAAAGUAUGAAGAGAACUCUGGAGCUGGAGUUAGAGAAGCUGGGUUUUAAUUCUUUCUGCCAUUCUGUGAGGCUGGAAGACCUUGUUGCCCUCUCUCAGCCUCAGUUUCCAUAGCUCUACCAUGAGGGAGUUAGACUAAGGUCCAGUGAGUGACUCUAUGGUUCUAACCCUUUUGUUGACCUUUCAGAAGUGUCAAAGACCCUACAUUAAGCUCUCAGAGGAUGGGGCUUGGACACUGCUUUAAUCUUGCUAUUGUGUUUCCUCAUGGAUCAGUGUGUUCUGUGACCAGUUUUGUUACAGUGAGGGAAGAGAAGAGGAUCUAGAUUUUGGGACAUGGAGGUCCUGGACUUGAACUUCAAACCUGCUACCUACUUGACCUUGGGCAAGUAGUUUAAUGAUUAAUAAUAAAUUCUAUUUACAUUACACUCUAAUUUGCAAAGCACUUUACAUAUGUUAGCUGAUCUGAGCCUCAAAACAACCCUGUGAGUUAGGCGAUCUAAAUAUUAUCCUCAUUUUAGAAAAAGAUCUAAGACUUAGAAGUUAAAUGACUUCCUGUCAGGGUCAGAGGUAGCAUUUGGACCGAUAUAUCUCAGACUCUAAAUUCAGUGCUUUAACCACAAUGCCAUACUGCCUCUCAUCCUCUGUGGACCCCAGUUUCCUUAUUUGUGAAAUGAGAAGGUUGGACUAGAUCACCUCCAAAGUCCCUUCUGGUUCUCAAUUCUCUGCUCCUAAAGUAAACAAGGUUUAGUAAAUGAACUCUUAAGUCAGUACUAGGGUGCCUUUGUUUUGGAAUUUUGUUUAGACUGGUUUAGACUGAGUCCGGUGGUUGAAUCUGGAAUUUCUAACAGAAGGUCUGUCCUCGAAUUACCUUGAGGAUUCCUCUUUUUAGCUCGCCUGAGUGCUUUUCCAACCCCAAAACUCCCCAGGAGAACCUGCCAUUGUUGCAGCUCUGUUCUUUGACCCUACUACUGAUUGGUGGACAAAGGCAAGACUGAUGUACCCCAGGGACCAAACAGUUGAAACUGGGUUUGUGGAGCUGCAUCCAGUUCUACUCCUGAGGAUGGGCCACAAGAAGAGAUAGAAACGAUGGACCUUUGUAAAGGGCUAAGUGGAGAAAUUUAGAGAUGAAGUCAGGAAGAAGAUGUUUUGCAAGGGCUGGACAACUUGCUUUUCAUUUCUAGAGAAAUUCUGGCCCCCACAUGCCAGUGCUAUUGGGAAAAAAACAGAGUUUGACUUGACACUAAUCAUUGAAUUUUGCCACUAAGCUUUCAAUAGGAAAUUAUUGAAAGAGAGAUGAAAUGGAGAGUGAGGGUGGACAUGAUGAUGUGUGGCUUAGGGAGCCAGAGAAAACUAUAGACCCAGACUUCUUAGACCACCACACCUCUAGUCUAUCCUCAUUGCCAGGCCCAUUCCUAAUCUCUGCUAGAGUCUUGAAAAGUAGAGAUGCCUCAAAGACAGCAUGAGCUUGUAAUCUAUUACUCAAGCAAGAGAAGACUGAUGGGUCCACAAGAAUCUGACCUCUUUGGAAUAGCUGUUCUCCCUUGCUCCAGGGCCCCUGAGAAAAUGACUUCUCUCACACUAUAGGUCAGAAGGUCAGAAAAAAAAAGGGAAACAACCCUUCCCAGAGACCUAAUGCAGGCAGCCAACUCAGCCUUCCCACAAUGAUCAAGUUUUGACCAGACUGUGACAGUUGUGCCUUUGGAAAGGGCUGGGUCUGGAAUUAUUUGUUACAAAUGAUUUUCUGAAGGAUGUUUUCUUCUUCUUCUUUUUGUUGCUUUGUGGUACUUCCCAGUGGGAUAAUUUGGCAAUGUUUUCCUUUCUGUGUCCAUUCAAGAAUUGCUGUCCUCCAGAGCAACAGUCCCCCAUGGCCAACUUGCAACCCAAUUAGUUUCCUCUAAUCCCUAAAAUAGGCUUAAAGUCUACUUCCCUGGUUCACUCUCCUUGACUCAUUCUUCUAGUCCUCCUCUCUUCCUUAUCAGGCUCCACUGGGACAGCUGUUAACACUCUGGAGUUGAGAGAUUUAAAAAUACGUAUCUCAAACCCAACCCAAGAUACAUCAUGAGUUAGUGAGUGGAUAGAAGAGUCAGGAAUAUGUUAGUUCAGAGCAGCCUCAGCCUAAGGCUGGCUCUUUCUUCCUGGACAAGUCCCUUACCCUCUGUCGUUUGAACAGCAAUUAGAGAGCUGCAGAUGCAAUGCAGGUUGUUUCAUCUCCUGGAGUUCGUAACACCGCUGAAAUCAUAAAUUUGGUCCAAAAAACAAAAACCCACCCAGUUAUACCAAGGGCGGGACAGAAGAAUAGCCCAGAUCUAAUUACAGAGCUUGGGCUAGAGAGCCGAAAAUCCUUAUUCCCCAGCAGGGACUCCCAGGCUCAACCAUUCAGGGUAGCAUUUAAGUCUAGAUCACAGCUUGGAUGGCAAGUCUGGAGUGGCCCUAACUCUGCCUUAUCACACCUUGGUGCAGGUUUCUGCAAGGGGAGCCACGGGUUCAGGAAAAGGAAGUCUCCUGGGAAUGAGUGGCAUUAACUGUCUUUCUCCUUCGGUGUCUUUUAAAUUUCCUCGAUGAAAUGGCUUGUACAGAAAUCUGUUUGUGCCUUAUGAGAGUGUCUGUGUACUUUUUAUCCUUUUUAAGCAACUUUAAAAAAAAUAGGGGAGAAUAACAAACAUGGUAGUUUUCUAGAUUUUUCUGUGAUCACUGAAAUUACUUUGCUUUUUUGAUAUUUGAGUGACAGACUAUCUGUUUCCUUGGAUUCUCCUUCGACCUUUGUACAGAGCUCUGUGGGUUUGUCUCCUUGUUCCUUUGAUGGUUCAAUUAGGUGUUGGGAAGGACCUGUACCCACCCUACCUAUCAGGCCUCUCUAGUUUUGUGCCCUGUGUGUGUUGUGUGUAAGAAUUUUGUCUGUUUUUCUCUGUUUUACAUUAAUAUAAUUUGACCUGUUUAUGAAACAAAUAAAACUUUUGCUUGUUAAAAAAAA